GGCGGGGCCCCGCAGUGCCUGACAGGCCCCUGCUCCAAAGGACGGAAACACAUGCUGUGGCGCCGCUGCUGGUGUUGUUGUCAUGUGCGACAUGUUGUGAUUCAGGUGUGUGUGUGUGUAUUUCUAUGAAUACAACGUUCGUGUAAAAAAGACAACAAAAUGGCUGCAGCAGUGGCAACGCCUGUCAUCCCCACGGAGCUCGACCACGACCGCUGUGGGAGCGAGGAGGAGAGCCGCGGGGCCGAGGCGGAGGAGGAGGGCAGCCGGCAGCAGACAGGCCCCGCCGCCGCCGUUAGCCACGGCCGCCUGUCCAAACUCCCGCUGGCCCGCAUCAAGGCGCUCAUGAAGACCGACCCGGACGUGUCCCUCGCCAGCCAGGAGUCCGUGUUCAUCAUCGCCAAAGCCACGGAGUUGUUUGUUGAGAUGAUUGCCAAAGACGCCCUGGUGUACGCUCAGCAGGGGAAGAGGAAAACGUUACAGAGAAAAGACCUGGACAACGCAAUAGAGGCCAUAGACGAAUUUGCAUUUCUUGAAGGCACUCUGGAUUGAAGAUGGCUUCAGGAGACCAAUCAGAACAUUGAAUACCUGCAAACAUCCAAGAAACUCCAUUACAGGGAUACAGUUCAUCGUGGAAAAAACUUUCUGGUACUUUUCUAAGUCAAUCUCUGUCUCCAAGUCAUAUUUGAUGUUUAUAAAUGCUUUUUUUUUUUACAAUGUGCCAUUAAGAUCUUUUCAUACUCUAAAUACAUCGGUGGUGAUGUGUACAUUAUUUGUAAAUAUUUGAAUACUGCUGCACAAUGGAAUAAAUUUACAUUUCAAACACCCA